AAUAUCACACACUUAUUCAAGCUCUCUCUCCUCUCCUUCUCUCUCUCGUUCUCUUAAUCUCGAAGAGAAAUGAUUUUCUCUCUCUAGGGUUUGUUGGAAUCAAAGGCGAAAGCAGGGAUAUCCAGGUUUUGAGUGGUUUGAUUAAUAAGCCUUGAUUACUCUCUCUCUCUAGGGUUUAUGUUUUGUAUUCAGUCGCAUUGUGUUCGUGUCGGUUGGUUUGUUUCUAGCUUCGAUUUCGAUCUAUCUAGGGUUUCCGUUUCUCGGGGGCUUGUUUGCUCAAGGGAGGUUGUUAGGGUUCUUUUGAGUACGUAUUUUGUUUUGUUAAACAAAUAAAGCUUUUUAAUUUCUGAAAAUUCUCUUUUUGUUUGAAUUUCGGAGCGAUAGAGAGAGAGGGGGGGUUAAUAAGAUUGGGGUUUUAGUGUUUUUUCCUAUAAAUAAAUCAGACCAGUGUUGGUUUAGAGAUCGUUUAUUCAAGAUUUGCUUCAGAUGAAUUUGGGUUUAAAGACAUGCAACUGGUAUAUAAUCUUAUGAUGUUCUGAUGUUGCUGCUCAAAGAUAAAGGAGGACUAUCGUAGUGGAAGUUCUGAAAUUUUUGCGAGAAAAGGACGUUAACAAGAGUAAAUAUUUAUGUAUUUAUUUAUUAAAGUGGUUUCGUUGAAGUUUAAAGAAUUUGAAUAAACGUGUAUGGUAAAAUUGAAGAGGGAAAAUAAGAAGUUAAAUAGUUGAAGAUGAUGAUAUGUGCAGUUAUUGGAAGUUAAUCUUAUGGCACCUACUGUUCCUAUAGAGUUUAUUGGACAGAAGGAAUUGAAAACGCGUUGGCUUUCACAAGCAAUGGGGAAAUCAAGGAAGUUCUCUAAAGGGUACUCCUCGGGAUUUGUUCCAGAUUACCGGCAUGCUGCUGAGACCAUGGCUGAAUCAGAAGGGUUUGGGAGCUCUGGACGUGUUGACACCGAGAUGACAGCAUCAGAAGAUUCCUUCGCUCCCAAGAGGAAGUGCAUUAGUUUGAGUGUGGACGGGUAUGAUACAUUUGGUGUACCAUCACAAAUCCUGUCAUUGUCUAAGAUGUCAAGACCGGAGAGGAAGGAUUUGGAAAUUAGGAUGAAAAAUGAACUUGAACAAGUCAGAAUCCUUCGGAGGAAAGUGGCUUCUUUGAGUUCAAAUACAGUUCUGUUAUCGCCCUCUAGUGAUACUCGGAGUUGCAGUGAUGGCCAAAAGAGGCUUCCUCUAGAAGGUGUCCACAGGUCAUUUGAAGUAUCGGCUCCCAAGAGUAAGAAACGGGCUCCUCCUGGUCGAAAUGGGGCUCGCUCAAAAAAGAGUACAUCAGGGCGUUUUGAGCCAGUGAAGCCAGCUGCUCCACUUGGUAUAACUAAUGCCAUGUUGAUGAAACAGUGUGAGACAUUACUAAAUCGUUUGAUGGGACAUCAGUUUGGUUGGAUUUUCAAUACUCCUGUUGAUGUGGUGAAAAUGAACAUACCGGACUACUUCACUAUCAUUAAACACCCAAUGGAUUUGGGUACAGUGAAGAGCAGGAUUAUUUCUGGUGAAUAUUCAAGUCCAUUGGGAUUUGCUGCAGAUGUGCGACUUACAUUCGCAAAUGCAAUGAAGUACAACCCUCCUGGAAAUGAUUUCCAUUUCAUGGCUGAGACCCUUAGUAAGUUCUUUGAAGUUAGAUGGAAAGUUAUUGAGAAGAAGAUUCCUGUUACCGCUGAUGUAGAACCAGUGCCAUCAAGAACUGAUGAGCGUAUGGAAAUGGAAACAACUGCUCAUAUAGAAAAGGAAACCACUACUGAUACUCCACCUUCUAAAAAGAAAAAAAUUACGCCGAGUGACAGUAAGGUCAAACCAGAGCCCAUCAGGAAAGUCAUGACCAGUGAGGAGAGGCAGAAGUUGAGCAUGGAGUUGGAGGCAUUGCUCGCUGAAUUGCCUGAAUACAUUAUUGAAUUCCUAAAAGAGCAUAGUGGAAAUGCUGGCCAGACUGACGAGGAUGAGAUUGAGAUUGAUAUUGAUGCUCUCGGUGAUGAUAUAUUGUUCAACUUACGGAAACUCUUAGAUAACUAUUUACUGGAGAAACAGAAAAACCAAUCAAAAGCUGAACCAUGUGAAAUGGAGAUUAUUAACGAGUCAGGGAUUAGCAAUUCAUCAUUGCAACCAUGCAAAGGCAAUGAUACUGCUGAAGAAGAUAUAGAUAUUGUUGGUGGGAAUGAUCCUCCUAUCUCAAGCUACUCUCCAGUAAAGAUAGAAGAAGAGGCGGCUCAUAAAAACAGUAAAUGUAGCAGUCGAAGUAGCUCCAAUAGUGAAUUGGGCUCGUCUUCAAGUGAUUCAGAUUCUGGCAUUGAAUCUGAUGCGGUUAAAGUGCCCGGUCCCAUUAAUGCUACUGAGGAAAAAAUGGAACCUGGAGAAAAUGGAGUCCAAAAGAGAAGUCAUCUUGGUGAUCCAGCUGUCAGAAAUCAAUCUGUUGAUGGGCUGGCCCAAGUUGAGCUGGAUACUGAGGGUAAGCUAGUUGCAGCUGAGGCAGAUGGCCACCAAGAGGGGGAGAGUGCUCCACCUGAGAGGCAAGUCUCUCCUGAAAAGCUCUAUCGGGCAGCUUUGCUGAGGAACCGUUUUGCUGACACCAUACUUAAAGCUCGAGAAAAGGCGCUUGAAAAGGGUGAAAAGCGUGAUCCUGAGAAAUUGCGGAAGGAGAAGGAGGAAUUUGAAAGAAGGCAAAAGGAAGAAAAAGCUCGGUUGCAGGCAGAAGCUAAGGCGGCUGAAGAGGCUCAAAGGAAAGCUGAAGCUGAAGCUGCCGCUGAAGCCAAAAGGCAGAGGGAACUGGAAAGGGAAGCUGCACGUCAGGCAUUGAUACAGAUGGAAAAGACUGUUGAUAUCAAUGAGAACUGUCAGUUUAUGGAAGACUUAGAAAUGCUUAGGAUUGCCCAUCAUGAUGAACAGCUUCCAAGUUCGGUAGAGGAAACAAGCCCUGAUCAUUCUCAAAAUGGGCUGGGUAGUUUCAAGCUUCAGGGUAGUAACCCACUGGAGCAACUAGGAUUAUACAUGAAGGAAGAUGACGAAGACGAAGAGGAAGUAGUUGAACCACCCUCUAGUGUUCCAGAUCUAACAAAAGAUGUCGAGGAGGGAGAAAUUGAUUGAUUAGGUUCUUGCUUUGAUUAUUGUGCUGGUCAAGAAUUUUACAAAAUUGUGGUCGUAAGAGCUAUGGGCAUGCAUAAUCGCCUGUCCCCCCUGCAAUAUAGCAGACAAACAGUCCUACUACGGAUUGAAUCUCAACUCUCCAUUGGUGGUAAACCAACUGAAAAGGACAGCCUCGGGCUAUCAGGGGGGAAACAUCAGCAAAUGGUAUUGUUGGGUUUUUGUUUUCCUGGCCACGGUUCAUAUUCUUGGUGAGGAGGGCUGCUUAAAAGCUCGUAAACCACCAAUUUGUUGUCGCUAGAAUAUGGUGACUUGUGAAUUGCCAGAGAGAGGUGUUUGGGGUUGGGGUUUUGUUUAUUAUAGGUUUUUUUUUCUUUUUUUGUAAAAAGGAAAUUCUAGUUUUGUAUGGGUUACAGCGCACUUUGGGUCCCAUGAAGAAGGUUUAGGGAGCAGGAAAGGUAACCUAGAGGAGUUGUAGCAUGUAUAGUUGAAAGAGAGCUUAGGCAAUUGGAAAUGGCAUUCACUUCACUUUCUUUUAUAGCAUUUUGCAUAGUUUGAUACCCCAGGGACUGGAAUGUAUCGGUAUCUGCAUUCUAUAUUAAAAAAAGAUCACUGGCUACCCUUUUGAGGAGGAUUGGGGGAUGA